CAUAUUUCAUAUUCAUAUCGCUUCGUUGUGCGCGAGAAGUGCGAGAAGUAACCUUUGGCGAGACACGUGCGCGUUUAUAAAGAAAGAUGCCGAAAAGAGGAGCUGACGUUGAGGAAUCACGUGCGAAAGUUUGUAAAGUGCAACAGGAUAUAGCAGAAAUAGUACCUGAAAGUGAUUCCGGAGAAUUGACGUCCGCGUCAGUGCGAGCUGUCCCAGCACUAAAAAAGGAUGAGGAAAAUAAAGAGAAUGUUGAGAGCUCUCAAUCAAGUCCGGGAAAGGUAUCAGUCGAUCCGGAGAUUGUUGACACUCUUGGAAUAGAGGUCAACAAAGACAAAGACGAGGCAACAGUUAUCGAUAAGGACCUCGUAGAGAUGUGUCUGCCUUGUAGCGAGACGUGGCUUUAGAUAUACUAUAAGAAAAACUGCUGCUGGUUAUAUGAUGCGAAACGUCGCAGAUCUUUGCAUGUUUUUAUUAAGAGAGUUAUAUUUUACCCAAAAGUUCGCGUUACCAAUAUACUUGAUGUGAAAGAUAUUAGAAAAUAAGUAAGCUCAAGGCUGUGUCAAGAAAAGUCAAGGAUAAUAAUAAAAGUAGUUUCUAUUCUAUAAAAA